AAACACUGGCAUCUCGUUGGCUGUUUAAGAUGUCCGUUUGCGUUCCUUCACAGUAGAUGAACUUCGGUGAAGCCGAUCUUCAACAACGGUGCUGCUCGAUGAGCGAUAUUGGAAGCUGAUCAAACCUGGCAUGGCACCCACAACGGAGGCGAGGCUAAAUGUGGAGGCUCUGAGCAAGAGAGACGUGCUGCUGCUCUUCAGUGUUCUUGAGGGAGAGCUGGAGGCCAGAGACUUUGUCAUACAGGCACUCAAGGCCCAGCGUAAAGAUUCCUACAUGUGUGAGCGAUAUGGCAAAUACAACCUGAGCGACCCGUUCCUGGCCCUGCAGAGAGACAGUGAGGUCCUCCAGAGCUCCAGCCAGACCAGGGGAGAUGGAGGAAGUUCCUCCCACAGACGAGAGGGGGGCUGUGGGGCCACGGCUCACUCAGACCCUUUGGCGGUGCUGAAGCUGGUGGUUGGACACUGCAGAAGGAUGCAGGAGAAGAUGCUGAAACAGCUGGCAGCUGCCGAGAACAGACACAGGAGGGUCAUUGCUGAUCUGGAGGAGGAGAAGAGAAAGCAUGCUGAGGAUACUGCAGAAGGAGAUGAUGUCACAUACAUUCUGGAGAAGGAGAGAGAGCGCCUCCUGCAGCAGUUGGAGUUUGAGAAAGCAAAAACGUCCCGAAUGGAGAGGGAGAACAAACGACUGCACGAUCAGUUAGAAGAUCAGCGGGUCCAGCAUAAACAGCUCAUGACAGCGCUGAGUCGGGAAUGCAAACGCUCCGGCACCCGCGCACACGAGGAGUCCCAGCGUGCCAACGAACUCAGCCAUCGCCUUGAUCGCGAGCGAGCGGCCAAUCAGACUCUGAGGGCGGAGCUUGAGGAGGAAAAGAAGAGGGCUAUGCAAAUGGAGGCGAGGCGAGAGGAGCUGUUGGCCGAGUUUGACACUGAACGGGAACAGCUCGGGCUGAGAAUACGGAAAGAGGAGGCACGCUGUAACGCACUACAGGAAGAACUAGAGAGGUUGAGGAGAGAGAUGAGCAAUGCUGAGGAGAAAUCAGAUAAGACCAAGACAGAAAUGAACGGACAUCUUACUCCUACGGAGGACGAUGGGAGUGUUGAGAAGCAGAGUAUGUUAACCAACGGGAGCUCUCUGACCAGUUCACAAGCUCACAGCCCUACGACAAGCAAUCAGUCACCAGACAUACCCAGUGUACAAGCUGCGUACCAGGCUGGCAUCAACCAGCGCUUCCACGCAGCCCGUCACAAGUUCCAAGGCAUCACUGAUCAAGAUUCUCAGGCGGUCUCUUCCCCUCCAAACAGUCCGCAUGACCUUUCACCCUGUGCGGCCCAUGUGUCUCCAUUAGACAACGUUUCAUCUAAACAAGCAGCCCGCAGCACCGUCACGCAGGCCCUGAGUCGCUUCAGCACUCAGCAAGGUCCCGGCUCACCAACAUCCCCCAACAGUUCUCCUUUCGGCACAGAUUACCGCACGUUGGCCCAAUCUGGGAUGUUGUCUCCCACCAUCAGGUCUCCAACUAUUUCCAGAGCCGACAGAGGGAACCCACCUCCGAUCCCACCCAAGAAACCAGGCCUCGCUGAAACGCCCCCUUCUCCGGCCACCCUCCGAGCUGCUCACUUGGCUCAAAUGUCGGCCGGUUGCGGACGCAGCAGCAACCCAGAGAGCAGCAAAGAACCAGACCUGGUGCUGUCAUCUAGCGGCUAGCAAGCACAAAUGAUGAACUCGAUCACGUCAAACACUGUUGAUUUUUUUUUGUAAGGGACGUUUCAGGUUUUUAAAAUCAUUUUGGAAGAUUUGAAUGAUAUAUUUUCGAUGUAAAUUUGCAAUGUUACAAUAUCUCAUUCAAAUGCAUGUUGAUUGUGUGCAUGAAUACAUUAUACAUUCUGUAUUUUCUGUAUGUCAUCUAUGAGAAAAAUCACCUGUUUAUCGCUGACAAUCACCAUAGUUUUAUAUAUUGUUAUUCUGACAAAUAUUUAUAUAUAGACACAACCAUUCAAAAAGUUUGGGGUCAGUAAGAUUUUUUUGAAAGAAAUUAAUAUUUUUAUUCAGGAAGGAUGCAUUACAUUAAUCAAGACAUUUAUGCUACAAAUUUUAAUUCAUCAAAUAGUCCUGUAAAAAAUGUCAUGGUUUUCACCAAAAUUAAUUAAGCUGCAGCUGUUUUCAACAUUGAUAAUAAUGAGAAAUGUUUCUUGAGAAGCAAAUCAGCAUAUUAGAAUGAUUUCUGAAGGAUCAUGUGACACUGAGUAAUGAUGAAAAUAUAGCUUUUCCAUCACAGCAAUAAAAUACAUUAAAAUAGAAAACAGUUAUUUUAAAUUGUAAUAAUAUUUCAAAAUAUUACUGUAUUUUUUGAACAAAUAAAUGCAAACUUGGUGAGCAGAAGAGACUUCCUUCAGAAACAUUUUAAAAAGGUUACCAACCCCAAACUUUUGAACUUCUGACCAUUUUACCCUUCCCUGUCAUCUAGUUUAUACACUGAACUAUAUAUUUACAGAUUGCAUGAGCAAACAAUCCUUUGCUUUCUCACAUAGCAGUUUGUUUUUUGUAUAUCUAAAGACAUUGGAUAUUUAGCCUAAAUAUUCACAUCUCGCUCAGAAUCAUGUUACAGAUGUUUGUACCACUUUAUAAUGUUUUGUUCUGUUUAUCUUUGAAGUUUGUAUUCUUUUUGUGAUCUGAUAUGGAUGUUAUUUUUAUAACCAAUAUUAUCUAUAAAUUCUUUGUUAAACUUGUAGACAUGGGCUGGAACAAAUUUUUGCAUAUCUGUACCGCCUAAAUCCAGCCAGCAGGGGCCACUGGGUGGUAAAGUUACAGUAUCACCCAUCCUCAGCCAUUCAUAGACUAUAAUUAUGUGGAAUGGAAUACUAGCACACUAGCUUACUGCGCAGUAUACACUACAUACUGCCUUCUAUUUUGUAUAAAAUAGUAUGCGAAAUAAAGUUAUUUUGAGAUUUAA